GGAACUUAUGGCACUUCACUGAAGGAGAGGCAAGUCCGUGCGUAAAAACUGAAGUGUACCACGCAGCUGCGCCACACUGGCGGACCCUGGGCAAUAACACAAAUUUCCUCGAGUAAAAGAAGGGAGAAGCAAAAAAACAGCAACGGAGAGAGCGGCAGGAAAAUUGGUUGUAUGGCACCUCAGUCGUGCGUAAUGAAUCCUGCGCAGGGAUCACCGCCCUCGGCUGCUUCGGGGGAGACCUCACCAGAGGACCGAGUCGCUGGCGGGAUGGGAACUGACGAGCUGGACCUGUCAUCUGUCAGAAGGUGUAAAAGCAAAAGUUUAGAGCUGCCUUUCAGUGUGGAGUCGCUCAUAUCAGAGAGGACGCCGGACAGGAGCCUCCACUCCCCGGAGCCUGGGUCUGGAUGCCUCCGGACAGAGGAGACCGAGUGUGCGUCACCGAGGGGACUUUAUCGAUCCAGAGGAGAGGCGGUGGACCUCAGCGACAAGGAGACGAGCACCUGGUAUCAGACUCCUUACGCAUCCCCUCCAAGACUUCCCAGCCCGUCCGCCUGCAAUCUACGGAAACACAAGAACAACAGGAAACCCAGAACUCCAUUUACAACCUCUCAGCUUCUCUCUUUGGAGAGGAAGUUCCGUCAGAAACAGUACCUCUCCAUCGCAGAGAGAGCGGAGUUCUCCAGCUCCCUCAGCCUCACAGAGACCCAGGUCAAGAUCUGGUUUCAGAACCGCAGGGCCAAGGCCAAGAGACUGCAGGAGGCCGAGCUGGAGAAGUUCAAGCUGGCCGCGAAGCCGCUGCUGCCGGCCUUCGCCUUUCCCUUCCCUCUGAGCGCACCCAUGGGCGCACCGUCCCUCUACGGGGCCCUGAACGGGCCGCGGCCCGCCUUCCCCGUGCCGGGACUAUUCAGUGGACCUUAUGGGAUGUACUACUUGUCUUAACCCUCGCUAACUUUGAACUGCACCGUUGGGACAGCUGCCUUUUUAAAAUGCCUUCAUUCAGCAAAUAACCAAGACUGAAACAAUGUUAUGAGUCAACAUGUCUCAUGAGAUCUUAUGCAAUUUUUUUCCACGCAAAUAUGUUCGUAGGCUAUAAAAAUCUGUUUUAAUUUUGAAAUAGUCGCUUCAUUCAAGGAGCACGGGGACAGAAACAAGUUUUUGGCUUUUGUCAUCAAUUUUCCAUUAAUAAUAAUUAGAUUUAUUUCACAGUAAACUAUCUGUGCAUUCUCAUUUUUGCAGCUUAAUCACUAAAAUCCUUAUUUUUGAAUUUUAAAUUUGACUUUUUUGGACUUAAUUUCCAGAUUUAAUGUGUAUUGUGAGCUUUUCAAUUUCAGUAAGUAUUUUAGUAAACGAUAUUCUAAAGUUCUAAGACAAUACAUGAUUAUUUAAAGGCCCGUAGCUUUGGGUUUAAAGCAAUAACUCGUGAUGACUCACUAAAGUGACCAAGUGAAUGUUUUAUUUCCAUUCCAGAGGCCUUUGAAUAUUUCUCACCUUUAAGGGACAGUUUGAAAUCUGUGGUUAGGAAACACUGAAGGCCAUCAACAUUUAAUCAUCCACAUUCAGUCAGAGCAGCGAUAUUUUAAAACUUGAUAUUAUAGCUUGCAGACUUUUUUUUUUAAGCUAAAAAUGGAAAGGAAAAGUUACCAAACGAGUCUGAUUGGUAUGUAAAAUUAUGAUCAGAGGCUAUAUAGAGGAACUUUAAAAAAUAAAUAAAUAAAACACACACACACACACACACAAUUAGUCCAAAAGUAUAACCAUGUAUAGUUAUAAUAUAUGUGGGUUAUUUGUAAUAGCUUAUAUUCAGUAACAAGAACCAUCAUGAACAGACUAUGAAGUGCUCAUUAGUGCCUUUUCAUCACUGCUGUAGUAAAAUCAAAUGCCCAUAAAAAUGUUUAGAAGUUUUAUCUUCCAAAAUAUGUUUACCUUUGGCAUUUUAACGUGGAGCUGACAUAUUGCACAGUGACUUUUUUCAUUUUAACUACGAGAUCUUUCUACCAUAUCUAAACCACACAGCUUGUUUCUAACUUUUUAAUCAUUCUUGGUUUCAAAAAUACGAAUCAGCUAUGAGAUAAAUCUGCUUUACUUUUCUCAUCUAAAAAAAAUUGUAUUAUCUUUUUACAUUACCUCAAGAGGAGAACUUUUUUGCACAGAUGUUCAAAGAGCUCUUAAAAGUCCAGUUUCAUUAUUAAAUGUAAAUAAAAGUCAUCAGCUAUUUUUGCAAACACUCAAAACGCUAAACGUGACUAGUCGACUCGCGUCAGUCAUCACAGUGUAUUUUAUAUCUGAUGGGUGAAAAGAUGUUUUGU